AUGCGUUCAUUCGCCUUAGCCCUUCCUAUCCUCUCUGCCGUAGCGAAUGCUGCUCAUAUCCACCAGCACGGUGCUGGAUUACAACAGCCCAUCGCGGAUAUAGAUAAGACUGAUAUCGCUAGUAUUCUUGGACUCGACCCGACGGAGGUGCGGUUGAUUGAGUUAGAACCCGGCAUUACCAAAGAAGUUACAGAAGAGCAAAAAUGGGAAUUGAAAAAGGUCGGCACCAACUUCAUCGAUAUUACGGACCACCAAGAGUCCUAUGCUGCAGCCAGCACCAAGAAAACCUACAAGUACCCAUCGCGGCCUCAAAAUGAAGCCAUCAUCAGGCCACUCCUCGCGAAACUCGAUUCCAAAAACAUGAAGGCGAACUUGGAGAAGUUCACUUCUUUCUAUACUCGUUAUUAUAAAUCGUCAUCCGGCGCUGAGAGUUCACGUUGGCUAUUGUCUCGGGUGAAUGAGACCGCUUCUAUAGAUUCAAAAAUCUCGGUCGCUCCAUUCGUUCAUAGAUGGGGCCAAAACAGCAUCAUUGCUCAUAUACCCCCUAAAUCAGAGGACAAUGCCGCGAUUGGCUACCAAAGCACUAGCGCAAAGAGAGUCGUUAUAGGUGCUCACCAGGACUCCGUUAACCUCCUUCUACCAAUGUUCUUGAGAAGUCCAGGCGCUGACGACGACGGGUCCGGCACGGUCACUAUUCUCGAAGCCUUUAGGGUCUUGGUUGGCGCCAAGAUUCCCUUCAAGAAUCCCGUUGAAUUCCACUGGUACAGUGCGGAGGAAGGCGGCCUUCUCGGUAGCCAAGCAAUCUUCAAUCACUACAAGAGCGAGGGAUAUUUAGUUGGUGCCAUGUUACAACAGGACAUGACAGGAUUUGUUAGAAAGACCUUGGAUGCCGGCCAACCGGAGAGCGUGGGCGUUAUUACAGACUAUGUUGAUCCCGGCCUCACGGCGUUCAUCAAAAAGGUCAUAUCUACCUAUUGCGAUAUUCCAUAUGUUGAAACAAAGUGCGGGUACGCGUGCAGCGACCAUGCAUCGGCCUCAAAGGCGGGUUACCAAUCUGCAUUUGUCAUUGAGAGUGCAUUCGAAAAUUCGGAUGAUAAAAUUCACAGUACUGAAGAUAAGAUUGAGUAUCUUAGCUUCGAGCACAUGCUACAGCAUGCCAAAUUGACAUUAGCACUAGCUCUCGAAUUGGGGUUGGCAGAUCUCGAAGAGGCAUAG